AUGCUGACCACGAAGUGGGGGAAGGUUGAUGUGGCUGCUGAAACUGUAACAAAACAAAUGGAAUAUCAUAAGAAUGAACUAUCAACGUUACAGACUCGCCAUCAGGCAUACGUGCAGAGCAUCAGGCAAGGAACCGAAGCCACUGACAAAACACACCAUUCUUUGAAUGAAAAUAUUCGUCACAUUUUCCAAUCUUUGAGAUCACAACUUGAUCGAAGAGAGAAAGAACUUCUCGUCGAUCUGGAAAAUCAUACGAAGGAUACAAAGGCAACACAGCAUGCUCUUCUCACCACCUGUGACGAAGACAAAAAGACCUGCACACGGGUUUUAGACUACAUCAGCAAUAUCUUUCUCUUUGCCUCAAAGUCAGACAUCCUGGGCCUGGAGAAAUAUGUUGGGGAGAUGACUCGGACCUGCCUAGACAAUGCCGCGCCUCAAACAGAUUAUGCAGUACCCACAGCUGACUUCAACACCAACGGCUUGUCAAAGCUGAAAGCGAAUGUGUCCGGAUUUGGUGCCAUUUUGACGAUGGAUAUGGACGGAGAAUCGGUGAAUGGUAAUCUUUUGAGGGUCAUUGCUGAUUGGAAGCCUUACAAAGCUUACAGACAAGCUUCAUUCCGAAAUCAAAAGCUUGAAAAUGGUGUAGCCAGAGAAUGUGGUGUCCAUCUGCUGAAGCCAGGAGCUGUAGACAGAUCUUGCAUACUGAAGUGUUUACCUCUAAAGAAUGACAAAGACAGAUUCAGUCUUGCCUACGUCCACAUCAACACAGAAGGAGACCUGGUCAACAGGAAGUCGGUCAUUAGACCUGCAGGAGAGGGGAGACUGAAGAAGUACACCGGCACAUGCAGCACUGCCCCCCUUCCCCAGGAUGGCUGUCCCCAGUACUGGGAGUUGGAGAACAGGGUCAGUGUGAACAAACCACUCUCAGGGGACCGUCUCAUCCUGGAGGUUGGAGUAUGCAGGGAGGAGCAGAGGGAUGUGACCCAUUGUAUAGGUGGACGUCCUCACUCCUACAGUAUGAACGUCGCCCACUGUCCUACACACGGCGGGAUAUGCAGGAGCAUAUGGAAGGAGGAGAAGUAUGUGCUGUGUCGGCCUUACACUCUCCCCAACACAGCAGGGACAUCACACACACUACAUUACGGUGUUGUCUAUGAUGACGCCAGGAAGAAGAUUGUCUUCAUUGAUGUGAAGGAGAAGAAAGUCAUGUCAACGCUAGACAAUGUAGACUGUAGUGAACCACUGUGGCCGAUGUUCGGGGUGUAUAACCCAGAUUGGAUCACUGUCUGCAUGAGACUUGUAGUGGGCAGCGACAUCAACAUGACGGAGGAGAAGAAAGCGAUGAUUGUCAAGGCGCUGUCGUGAUGGUGACAGUGACAUUGAUUUUAAACAUUUACAUUUGAAGGAGAUACUUAAUACUAAGGAAUGCAGAAAGCAAAUGCACUGUAAGUCCCCAUGAUCCCUUGUAUAUUGAGCUACCUUCAGUUGUUGGCAAUAAGUAGUCUGUUUUUAUAUUG